CCCUCACGUAUAUACCGCGAUGAGGCUGACAGACCUUAAGACGAAAAUAUGGCCCUCGCCUGUACGCCCGCCCUAUGGUUCAAGUUCCCGAUUCAUGCGAGUCGAAGAGCAGGGAGAUCGAUCCUCUGAUGCGGACUGGGCUGAGCUCCGAAACAUUACACCCGAGCGACGCGCGAUGGAUGACAGCAAGCAUGAAGAGGAUCAAGGAAGAGGCAUCGAAAUGACUAUCACACAAACAUCAGGAGCAGAAGUCCAAGCGUCUACCAGAAGAUGGUAUGCGCAAGGUUGGCGCUUCGGCGCUUUAAAUUGCGCAUGUUCCGUCAUUAUGGUCUUCUUCAUUAAUUUCUCUGUCUCAUGUUGGGUUUCUGCACACAGAAAUGCUGCAUCUGAAGAGACCUUCGAAGAGGAGUGCCACAAAGUUAGCAAGAUGAAUAUGUAUCUACAUCUUGCGAUCAAUUUGCUAAGCACGAUCCUUCUUUCGAGUUCGAAUUACUGUAUGCAAUGUCUUUCAGCACCUACACGAAAGGAGGUCGAUGCUGCGCAUGCAAAAGGGAUUUGGCUCGACAUUGGAGUCCCUAGCAUACGGAAUUUAAAGUACAUCGAUCGUACAAGGGUUGUUCUUUGGGGCUUGCUUGGAUUGUCAUCAUUACCUCUUCAUCUCUUUUACAACUCUAUCGUGUACAGUUCAAUUGCAUCGCACUCCUACCUCGCUCUCAACGUCAAUCAGGCGUACCUUGAUGACACCGACUGUUUCCAUUGCGGAGGAACCGGAAGCGAUACGCAAGCUGUUGCCGUAAUGAUGCACGAGAAAUGGAAGAACGGCACUCUCGAACGACUAGAAAACGAAGAUUGUAUCAACAGGUACGGUACAAUGAUCCAGAGUAAUUACCGUAAUGUGCUCCUCGUCUCAAGCAACGAUCAUACGGAAGCCAUAAGCGACCGUCCUGGACGUGUUCUUAAUGGUACACAUGUCUUUCAGGUCACAACGAUCGAUGCAGGGAUAGCUGAGGACCCAUCUCGUGCAGCUACCAUAUACGAUUGGAUCUGCAGCCAAGAUAACACUACCGACUACUACGAAGUGGGACUUUACGACCCGUCAUGGUGUGCCAACAAACUUGAUGGAAUAAAAAGAAAUGCUUCUUCCUGGACCGUACAGGGAUAUCCAAUUGAGUACUGUUUGAGUGAAGUUGCGCCACCGAUGUGUAAACUGCAUGUAUUCCUGCCUAUUUCAUGGUUGGUUACAGUUAUGAACCUUAUAAAAGGUUGUGUUAUACUGUAUACAGUCCUCAUAGUCAAGGAGAAUCCACUAAUGACAAUGGGGGACGCUGUAUCUUCAUUUCUAGAAGAGCCAGAUCAGACGACAAAGAACUUGUGCUUGUUAACCCUAAAGGAUGUAAAGGCGCAUAAGGGUUUUUCCCCAGCUGGUCCGAAGCCAUGGACUGGUGCUAAAUACAGGUGGAAAGAUGUCACGUCCAAAACUCGUCGAACCACUACUUUCACAUUCUUUGGGAUAGCACUCGUGGUCGUUUUGUCACUCCUCAUCGUCGGCAUCCAAGCCUUAAAAGGUUCGAUGUCGGUCACACUCCCAGCCCUUUUGAAACUGGGUUUCGGUGCCAUUGACCCACGUACCGUCAUUAUAUGGCCUCUCAUAGGAACCAUGUCCAAUAUCGUGGUCGCCAACUUGGCACAGACUAUCCUCUCAUUCCUGUAUUUUGCAUACAACGGCCUCUUCACCUGCAUGCUCCUUGGCUACGAAUGGUCACAAUACGCCCACUUCCGUAAAGGUCUGCGCGUCUCCCAUGGACGGCACGGUGCCCAGCGCUCAACGUACUUCCUUCAACUUCCCUACCGCUACUCCAUCCCAUUGAUGGGUCUUUCCGGUAUACUACAUUGGCUUGUCUCGCAAUCCAUCUUCCUUGUCGCUAUUGACCUAUACAGUCCCUUGGGGCAGCCUGGUGGGGCUUCGCUGAGCACGACCAGCUGGAAGAGCUGCGGAUACUCGCCUAUUGCUAUCGUCUCAGUUCUGAUCCUGGGAAUUUCGAUGGUAGCUGCGGUGAUUGGAAUCGGGUAUAUACAGUAUACUUCGGGAAUGAAUUUCGCAGGAAGCUGUAGUGCGGCGAUGAGCGCUGCUUGUCACCAUAUCGAGUGGGAUGAGGUGGAUGGGUACGAGGCUGCGAGGAGUAAGCUUAAGUGGGGCGUUGUAGGGAAACCACAGACUGAAAGUCUGGAAUAUAGAAGGGAAGAUAGGAUAGGGCAUUGUGCCUUUUCAGGUAAGGAGGUAGGGUUUCCAGAGCAAGGAACGAUGUAUGCUUAAUAAGAAGAGUAUAGUAAUGUAACUGGCAAGCGAGCGACGCAGGUACCGUGCCCAUGCACCCAACGCGUGCCUCUGCAC